CAGGGCUAGAAAAGAGCGUCGAUGCCGGUCGUAACGAUGAAUUGUAGGAGGCGCUGCCYGCUUCGCGGCCCAGAGGAACCGCAGUUGGUGCUGGUGGUCUUUUUGCAGAUGUAUUGCUGUCCUUAAACAGAAUCCCAUUCAAAAACGUCAGGGAACCACAGCCAUCAGUAUGUCCAAGUAUAAACUUAUUAUGCUAAGACAUGGAGAGGGUGCUUGGAAUAAGGAGAACCGAUUUUGUAGUUGGGUGGAUCAGAAACUUAACAGCRAAGGAGAGGAGGAAGCCCGGAACUGUGGGAAGCAGCUCAAAUCACUGAACUUUGAGUUUGAUCUCGUAUUCACAUCCAUCCUUAAUCGGUCCAUCCACACAGCCUGGCUGAUCCUGGAAGAGCURGGGCAGGAAUGGGUUCCUGUGGAAAGCUCCUGGCGUCUGAAUGAGCGUCACUAUGGAGCCUUGAUUGGGCUGAACAGGGAGAAAAUGGCUUUGAAUCAUGGUGAAGAACAGGUGAGGCUCUGGAGAAGAAGCUACAAUGUGACCCCACCUCCCAUUGAGGAGUCUCAUCCCUACUAUCAUGAAAUCUACAGUGACCGGAGGUAUAAAUUAUGCGAUGUACCCUUGGAUCAACUGCCACGGUCUGAAAGCUUAAAGGAUGUCCUGGAGAGACUCCUUCCCUACUGGAAUGAAAGGAUUGCGCCUGAAGUGCUAAAGGGAAAAACUGUUCUGAUAUCUGCUCAUGGGAACAGCAGUAGAGCACUCCUGAAACAUCUGGAAGGUAUCUCAGAUGAAGACAUUAUUAACAUUACUCUCCCUACUGGARUCCCAAUUCUCCUGGAACUGGAUGAAAACCUGCGUGCUGUUGGGCCUCAUCAGUUCCUGGGUGACCAAGAGGCUAYCCAGCAAGCCAUUAAGAAAGUGGAUGAUCAAGGAAAAGUGAAAAAAGUCCCAUAGUGUCUCCAAGUACUGCCUAAAAAUAGACGCAGAAGGAAUGGCAUGCUGUGUGUUACGGGUGCUGAUUUCUCUCCUUUUUCCCCCUGAUUUUCCAUAUUUUUUUCCAGGGAUAGAUUGUGCAGCAGAAUUUUGUAUAGGUAACUAGAUAACUUAUCCAGGCUGGGAUGAAGCAUUAGAGUACCUAAGAACUAAUGGCAUUAGUCUUAGGAGUUAGCUUUCUUGCUAGGCCUGUUUGAAUUAGGCACAAAUUAGUAACCAGGGGUGUUUAAUUGAGGUUGUUUUGUUAGUUUCUGAGUUGGAAGAGUAACAGGUGGAGAUGAAGUUUAAGGUAUUUAUUGUUCAAUGAAUCAUUAUCGAGUCACCAUGGAUGGGCACUAUUUCAAUAAGUAGUUCACGUUUUAUUUAAUAAGACUUUCUGAAAUGAUAGUAAGGAAUAYUAGAYGAUACACUGUAUGUAAGUAUUUAUUACUAGUCUU